AUGGACCAACCAGAUUCAAAACAUGCAAAGAAACAAGGAGAAGAAUUGGAAGAAGCAUUUGCACACCUUUCCUUAGGACAGUCUUACAGAAUGAAGAAUCAGUUUCAAACGGCAAUUAAAUCCUAUGUGAAAGCUUUGGAAAUUGCAAAGGAGCAUGAAUAUAAGCAAUACGAAAUAGCGGCAUUAUUUGAGUUAGGACAUGCACAUAGAUUGGACAAUAAGUUUCAAACGGCAAUUGACUACUAUGCGAAAGCUUUGGAAAUUGCAAAGGAGUGUAAAGAAAAACGAAAGGAAACAAAGGCAUUAGUUGAGUUAGGCGGAGCUUAUAGAUUGAACAAUCAGUUUCAAGCGGCCAUUGGACACUAUAAAAAAGCUUUGGAGAUUGCAAGGGAGCACGAAUAUAAACAACUGGAAACAGAAUCAUUAGUUGGGUUAGGAGAUGCUUAUAAAUCGAACAAUCAGUUUCAACCGGCCAUUGGACAAUAUGAGAAAGUUUUGGAACUUUCAAAGGAGCAUGAAUGUAAACCGCAAGAAACACAGGCAUUAUUUGGAUUAGGAGAUGCAUAUGGAUCGAUCAAACAGUAUCAAACGGCAAUUGAAUACUAUAAGAAAGCUUUGGACAUUGCCAGAAGAAUAAAACAUACAGAAGCCGAACGAAAAGCAUUACUUUGCUUAGGAAACUAUUAUAAAUUGAGCAAUCAGUUUCAAAAUGCUAUUCAGUGCAUUGAAGAAUCCUUACAAAUUGGAAAAGGACCAGCAGAUAGAAAUCAGGAAACGAUGGCAACAAAUUCAAUGAAAGGCUCGUCAGUAAUAAUCGGUACGCAUUUAGUAAGCUUGUCGCUGCUUUUAAAACGUCUCUUUUAAAUUAACUCUCCCUUGAAGGCUCAAUUUGUGUAAGAUUAUUUAUAUCAGUGACUUUGUAGGUAUUGUUAUUGAUGAAAUACUCUCCAAUGCGCAGUCAUUAGUUGGAUCUUGAGAACUCCCAUCGUUGAGCGACAUAUUAAGCUACCCAUGCAUCAACAGUUUAGAUGAAAUAUAUUGAAAGUGUGAUAACCAAAAAGUUUAUUUUUGUCAAGAACAUUUCAUAGGUUUUAAUUUUAUACUCAGUGAAUUAUGUCCCACUAAUUUCACACUCUGGUUGCCCUAGCCAUAGGUCUAUUAAGAUAUGAUGAUCUGGAAACUAGACAGAAGUCACUGUGUUUUGAGUUUAUUGUUAGUUUGCGCAGUGAUUGAACUCAUUGUACUUUCGUAGUAUUAAGUAAUUGUCCAACAGGGUUAGCUGUGGUGAAACAUGGUUAAUGAAGUUGAAUGAAAUAAUUUUUGCACCGUGAGAAAGAUAGAGUUCUUCAUCAAACAAAGACCUCCAAUUUUGUAGCUUUGAAAUUUUCCUGGCCAUCACAUCUUGACAGAUUAUGCCUUUGUUAAAAAGCAUUUGUUAAGCAGUUCGGAGAAAGGUUAACAUUUUGUGCAGAGGCGUUCAUUAGAUAGGGGGCUCUUGUAGGUGGCGUUUAUUAGAUCACUUUGAAUUUAAUUCAACAUUUAUUAGAGUAUAGACGUUUGUUAAAAUAUCAGCGUUGGAGUACUUGAGUAGUGGAGAGUAUAAGCAAUAAAAGAUGUAAUGUUUUGACUUUUUCAAAAUAAAGUAAAAAACACCCUCCCUCUGACAGUACAAGAAUGUAAUAAAUGCCUGGAGCAUUUAUUAGAUCAUAUAUAGUAAAUAUGUCUUUAUUCCUGAUAUCUAUGAGUAGCUGCAUUAGUCGACGUGCUUUGAUUCACUGGAUUUUUAACCUGUACGAGUCAUGUAUAGAUACGCACGAUGAUAGAAACAAAAAAUAUUUAAACAACUAAAACGUUAGACAUGCAGUAUCCUGUUGCACGUCGUUCACUAUAUUUAAGCAUUGUUAUUUUACACGAUGCUUGGUAUUUAUUAUUUAAUUCGAGAAUUUUUAACAUAUCUUAGGUGCAAAUGAAGAGAGAAAUUUAGAUGACGCUGUCGUAUUUCAAGAACGUAAGCCAGUUGCAG